AUUAUUAAAGUCGUGUAAUUCAAUUUGAGACUGAAAUCCCCAAAAGGCAAAAUCGGAACAUGGCAUUGCGAGGAUUGAGUACGGUGGCAGGGGCGGUGGCGGUAAGGCCGCCUAGUGUCCCAUCCAGUGUAGACAGCAGCACAUCCAGGUUUUGUUUUGGCGUUCGGAUUCCUUCUUCGGGAGCAUCAGGCUGCAGAAUCAGAAUCGGGUCGGUACGGUGUAAAGCUUUCGGAGAAAACCGGCAAGGUUCCUUGGAAGAAACCAUAGUUUAUGAGGGUAUUUAUGGCCCCUGGACCAUUGAUUCCUCCGAUGUUAGAGAGGUAAUAUUAUACAGAUCAGGAUUGGUGACAGCUGCUGCAUCAUUUGUCGUGGCCGCAUCUGCUGCCUUUUUGCCCAACAACUGGUCAUUAAGUGCUACACUCCAGCAAAACCUUGAUUUUUUUUAUGUUCUUGGGUCUGGUGGAUUGGGUUUAUCAUUACUCUUGAUUCAUAUCUAUGUGUCUGAGAUCAAGCGCGCCCUACAAGCACUAUGGGGGCUUGGCGUUCUUGGAUCGGCUACAACCUACAUCACCCUUGCUCAACCAGCUAAUAAAAAUCUAAUACAAUAUGUUGUUGAUAACCCAUCAGCUGUUUGGCUUGUCGGUCCUCUUUUUGCCGCCUUGACAGGACUUGUCUUCAAGGAAGGACUGUGCUAUGGCAAGCUAGAAGCUGGAGUUCUCACGUUUGUCAUCCCUAUAGUUCUUCUUGGGCAUCUGACUGGUUUGAUGGAUGAUGGAGCUAAACUUACUUUACUUGCUUCAUGGAUGGCUCUUUUUGUGAUAUUUGCCGGAAGGAAGUUCACUCAGCCCAUCAAGGAUGACAUCGGUGACAAGUCCGUUUUCAUGUUCAAUUCUCUCCGUGAUGACGAAAGGAAGUCCUUGAUUGAGAAAUUAGAGCAGCAAAAAAAUCAGUAUUAAGUGCAUCUUGAGAUGGACUGGUUUUAACAGGAUGUAGGAAAAUUUUGAAAAGAUGAUGCGCUUUGCUCUGUGACUUGUGAGCACAGCCUUCAAUACACUCUUAGAAGGAACUAGUUCCAGCCCCUCCCCUAGGAGUACGAUGUCAACAACAAAAGCAUUUUCCGGUUCUUUCUUUCAUAUGUAAAAAUUGCAUGCUAUGUUGGCUAAUAGCCUAAUACACAUAUUUAGGGGCCUUGUCCUCUGGAAUUGAAAAUGCGGGGUUAAUUCUAAGCA